AUUAUAUGAAUUUAAAAGGAUUAAGUUAAGCCACUGAUUAGCGACUAUUAAGUGACUAAGUUCAAAAUACUUGGGUUUAAUUACCUCAAUCCGUUAAUGGACCUGAUUAUAGACUUCUUAAACAAGCCCAGCCUUAUAAAAAAAUUAGUCUUUACAAAUACCAACUACUUAGAGACUGAUAGGCGACUAAUUUGAAGCUUAUUGGGUUAAUUAAACACGAAGUCCAUUAACGGCCCAUCACACACGACCUAACCCUAAUCGUUAACCUAAUCUCUAAUCAUUCUAACAUUUCUUCUUCUUUGUGUUCGUCGCCGUUUUCUCUCUACAUCGAAACCCUAAUCUUUGCCGUUCUUCCCCGUAAAUCGCCGUUUUCUCUCUAACGACGAAGAUGCCUCUAGUCAAGAAGCCUGGACGCAAGAGAAAUGUUGCCCCCAACGCUUCUCUCAGACCCGGUGGCUCUAAUCCAUCAUCUAAGGUGAGAAGACUCAAUCCUCUACCGAGUCAAUACAACUUCACUCCGGCGGCUGAAAAUCCUACGCCUCCGACGCCUCCGACGCCUCAAGAACAAGUCCGCGUUUCUCCCCAGAUAUCGACAUCCGCGGCACCGCAAGUCAGAAACUAUCCACCACCGCAAAUCCUUUUUCAAAGCUCCGUGAAUCGAGUUGGUGUAGAGCAUCCAUCUCGGUCAUCAACCGAAGUGAUGAACAAUCCACCGGUUCAAUCGAAUCCGUUGGAAGAUUCUGCGAGAUCUCCAAAUGCAGCCUCUCACGCUCAAAGUCAUCCUUCUUCUCAAGGUCACAACUUCGCAGAGUCAGAUCCAGUCUUGCCGGAACUCCAGGAGGACACGUUGAGGGCUCUAAACGCGAUACUUAUGGUGCCGGACCGUCAUACGUUCACCACCGUCCUCUCUCCGGAACCGAAGCCUAACACGACUUGGUUUACUCGUGAUGCAAAAUCAGCACUGGUUCGGAAGAUUACUAGAGUUUUUACAAACAAAUUUGAUGGUCCAUUCUACAAUUGGUCAUGUGUGCCUCCGGAUAGACGAGAAAGAUACUUCCUUGAGUUUGCGAAAACACACACUUGGGAUCCUUUAAUAACAGGAACAGUGCAACAGUAUUUCUAUGACAUAUGCCAACGACGGAUGAAAAACAUGGUUAGCGACGUUAGGACUAGUCGAGUGCAACCUAAAUGGAUCGAGGGUGACCUGUGGAAAGUAAUGGUUGCUCAGUGGGAGACUGAAGAAGCACAAGAAAGGAGUCGAAUCUAUUCCAAAGCUCGCAUGUCAGACCGUAAUGGUCUCGGUCCUCACAUGCACUUAUCUGGGCCAACAUCUUAUCAACAAGUCAAACAAGGCUUGGAAGAAAAACUUGGGAGACCAGUGAGUCUCGGUGAGGUUUUCAAAGAAACUCAUACAAAGCCAGAUGGUACAUAUGUGGAUCGCAAGGCUGAGAAGAUCUUUACAACUUAUGAGAAAAACUUACAAGCUAAGCUAUCUGAGAUUGAGUCAGAUCCUUCACAAGUUCAUGAGCUCACAGCAGAAGAUUAUACUGCCAUCUUUCUUCAGUCCACCGAGAAGGAUUCACGAGGUAAUAUUUUUGGGCUCGGUAGCCUCAAGGAUCAUCUUCAGGGUCUUCUCAAUGGCAGCAGCUAUCAUCAACAAGGACAGUCAUCAUCGUUUGUAGCAUUGCAAGAGCAAAUGAAGGAAGCUCAAAGGAUCAUUGAAGAACAAGUUGCUUAUGCGACAAAACGUGAUGCUGAGUUUGCUGCUCGUGAAGCAGAACAUUCCAAAGUUGUGGCUGAGCAACAGAAGAAGAUAGAUCGCUUGGAAAAGUUCAUGCAGAAACUUGAUCCGGCCUUUCUCGAGUUCCAUGAGUCUGAAUCAAGUGAUGCACCCAUCGACCCUCCUACAUAAAGUGCAUCUCCUCCUUAGGUUAAUUCUUAGGCUACUUAUCUCUCUCUAUUUCUUACUCUAAUGAACUUGACAAUUUGGGAUGAUGUGUUCUUCCUUAUCACUUAAGAGAAUCAUAGUGUUAGGUUCUCUCUUUUGGUUGUGACAAAAAUAUGGUUCUCUCUUUUUGUAAUGGCUUAUGUGGUGUACUAAUUACAAUUAUGGUUAACUUUUGGUAAUUAAAAAUGCAAAUUUUAAGGC